UAAUACCAUAGAAGAUGAUUUCUUGUGAAAUUUAGCCCCGACUACAUCGAUUCGCCCAAGGUCAAUACUUCUAAACAUGUAAAUUGUUGAAAUCUUACCCUGUACCAAUGUUUAACCUCUGUAGUUAUGUCCCUUUAUUUGUUUGCUCAAAUCCAUACUUUUUAACAAUACGUUCGUCAAAUACAACCUCGGUUUCCUCGUUUCUGUCUCCAAAAUGGCAUAUCAGGAAGAAUACGCUAAUUCAAUCGCAGAUUACGUUAAGUAAUGUGCAUUAAGUCAUUUUAGAGCAACAGAAAAUUAGUCAACGGUCGGUGGUUAUAUUUGAAUGUUUUGUUAAAAAGUUUGGAUUUCAGUAAACAAUUAAAGGCAAUACAGAGGACAAACAGGUACAACGAUUUUUGAACGAAAAUCGUUUACCACUUUAAGAAGAAAAUGGAAGAAAAAUGAGUUUAUAUUAGACAAAUUAAGGUGUAAACGGAUAUACUAGGCAAGGGCUCAGAUCAUGGAAGCGAGUGCAGAAUCUGGACGCAAACUGCGCUCCAUCUGCCGGACAAUGUAUGACGAAAACGAGGACUUCUCUGACGUUGAAGAAAUUGCAAAUGUCAGGGGUUUCAAUUUGGAGGAGAAACUUGUUAGUGACUCAUACAACACACAUUUCGUUCAGUUGAUGGAUGGCAAAGAUUUCACUUAUGAGUAUGUUCAGAGAGAGGCACUUCAGACCCCUCUUAUUUUCAAAGCCAAAGAUGGACUGGGAAUCAGAAUGCCAGACCCGGAGUUCACCGUCAGUGAGAUUAAAGGUUUGGUUGGUAGCCGUCGUGCCGUUGAUGUGAUGGAUGUGAGCACCCAGAAAGGCUCUGAGAUGAGCAUGGCCCAGUUUGUCCGCUACUAUGAGACGCCUGAGGAAGAGAGGGACAAACUCUUCAAUGUUAUCAGCCUAGAGUUCAGCCACACCAAACUGGAGAACCUCAUCAAGAGGCCCACUGUGGUGGAUUUAGUGGACUGGGUGGACAACAUGUGGCCCCUAAAACUGAAACGAAGACAAACCGAAGCCACUAAUGUCAUCUCAGAGAUGAAGUACCCCAAAGUACAGAAGUACUGUUUGAUGAGCGUGAAGGGCUGCUAUACUGACUUCCACAUUGAUUUCGGGGGCACGUCUGUGUGGUAUCACGUUUUCAAGGGAGGGAAGGUGUUCUGGCUGGUGCCUCCGACGCCUCAUAACCUUGCCCUGUAUGAGGACUGGGUUCUGUCAGGCAAGCAGAGUGACAUCUUCCUGGGAGACCGUGCAGAUGGCUGCCAGAGGGUGGAGCUGAAACAGGGCUACACCUUCUUCAUCCCCUCUGGCUGGAUUCAUGCAGUCUACACCCCUGAGGACACGCUGGUGUUUGGAGGCAACAUUCUGCACAGCUUUAACAUUCCCAUGCAACUCUCCAUCUAUGAGAUAGAGAAUAGGACUAAGGUUCAUUCCAAGUUCCGCUACCCAUUCUACCAUGAGAUGUGCUGGUAUGUCCUGGAGAGGUACGUGCACUGCCUGACCAAGCGCUCCCAUCUCACUCCGGAGUUCCGCAGAGAGCCUCUGCUAAUCGACUUGGAAACUAAGCUGAGCACAGAGAGCCCCUCCUCUGACUCCCGGAGUCAGGACAUGGACGAGGAGGACUCCUGCGAGACGCAGCAGGGACGGGAUGAACAGGGUGACAGGUCAGCAUUUGAUGAUCCCUGCUCUCCUGAUAACAGGAAGGGUAAAUCCAGCGGCCUUCGACACCUCAAAGCUGCCUUGUCCAAUGAUUCUGAGGACAGCUGCAUCCCCACCUCCACCCAGCCUCCAGAGUUCCCCAAAACCCCCUUUGGCUCGCCAGUCUCAGAGUCUCUGAGUAAAUGGACUCAUCUGACUGAGUUUGAACUGAAGGGCCUCAAGGCCCUUGUGGAGAAACUGGAAGCCCUCCCUGAAAAUAAGAAGGGUGUUCCAGAUGGCAUCAAGGACCCCCAGGCCCUGCUGGAGGACAUGAAGGUUGUCUUGAAGGAACAUGAAGAUGAUGACCCCAAAAUGGCUGCCACUGGAGUACCUGUGGUGUUCUGGCCCAAGAAGUCUGCCAAGGUGAGAAUGCAUCAGCAGCGGCCUCCCAACAGACCCAAACCCAAAAUGGCGGCCUCGUCUCCUGCGGCGGCGGUCAAGCUGUCGGCCAGCCGGAGCACGUCUGGCGCCAGGAGGAGAAGGACGCGUUGUCGGAAGUGCGAGGCUUGCCUGAGGACAGAGUGUGGAGAAUGCCACUUCUGUAAAGACAUGAAGAAGUUCGGAGGGCCAGGUCGCAUGAAACAGUCCUGCAUCAUGAGGCAGUGUAUAGCGCCUGUACUGCCCCACACAGCGGUGUGUCUGGUGUGUGGAGAGGCAGGGAAGGAGGACACAGUGGAGGAAGAGGAGGACAAGUUUAACCGCAUGCUCAUGGAGUGCUCCAUCUGCAAUGAGAUAGUCCAUCCUCUCUGCCUCAAGGUGAAAGAUUCUGGUGGAGUUGUAAAUGACGAGUUGCCAAACUGCUGGGAGUGUCCAAAAUGCAACCAUUCAGGGAAGACAGGGAAAGUAAGCAUCUAUCAAAAAAGAGGACCAGGGUUCAAGUACGCGUCCAACCUUCCCGGGUCGCUGCUGAAGGACUCACGAUUGAACCGUGACAUCAAGGAAGAGCCCGACCCACCCAGUCUGCCAACAUCACCCACUGGGACCACGGCAACCGUGGCCACAGUGAAGAGGAAGGCGGAGCGUGAUGACACCCCCAAAACGAAAGCAGAGGAAUCUCCUCCUCUGAAGAAACGUUCUCCAAUGCUGUCUCUGGGCGGGCUGCCCCGACCCAGGCCUGAGGACAACCCUCUGAGGAAGAAGAGGAUGCUGUUCGACAUCAAAGAUGAGGACGAGCCUCCUGUUGUCAAGAAAAAGAAGAAGCCCCCAAAACCUGAUGACCUUUUGAUCCCCAAGCUGUUAAAGACCAUCAAGCAAGAGCAAGUAGAUGAGGACGACGAACACAAAGACCAUGAAGAUGAAGAGGAGGACAGAUGCACAGCGGACAGGGUUGUAACUAAAGGGAAAAGAGAAGAGGAGGAAGAGGAUGGAGAUGAGGAGGAGGAGAAAGGUGGUGGUGUAGAGGACAGUAAAGACGGUACAGUAAAGACUAUGCUGAGUCCACUGCUACGGACGUCUAGAGCCAGAGAGAGUGACCAGUCCUGCUCCAGCUCUCCCCGGGCAGGGCCCAGCAGUGUAGGGUGCGAUGCCCCAGAGAAGACACCUGGCCAGCUGAAGGCACGCAAACGCCGCCGCCUCCCCAACAAAGAACUGAGCAAGGAGCUGAGCAAAGAGCUCAAUCUGGAGAUUCAGAAGACCGAGGACUGCCUGGCCAAUCAGAACCGCAGACCACUGAAGAGGGAGGACAGCCCAGCCAAUAACAGCCGUCGACCCUUGAAAACUGAGGACACCUCGACCAAUCCGAACCGCAGACCACCAAAAACAGAGGACUCUCCUGCCAAUCAUAACCGCAGGCCAAUUAAGACUGAGGAUGGUCUAUCCAAUCACAACCGCCGGCCAUUGAGGACCGAGGACUGCUUAGUCAAUCAGAACCACAGGCCAAUGAAGACAGAGCCUGAGAGCGACGGGGAGGAGCCUAAGCCCAAGCGGCCACUCAACAACUGCACCAGUGACCUCGGAGACUGGCUCCACCCCAGGGGGCGGGAAUUAAACGGGACGCCCCGCCAGCUCUCGCCCCUGGGGUGGAAUCGCAGCCCUCCGAUCACACCUAUUUGCCCACGCCCUCCUCCCUGCCGCUCACCACCCAAGUGUGUCCAGAUGGAGCGUCACGUGAUCCGGCCGCCUCCCAUCAGCCCCCCGCCAGACAGACUGCCCCUGGAAGACGGACAGACCCACAUGAUGCACAGGGAGGUGUGGAUGGCCGUGUUCGGGCACCUCGCACACAGAGACCUUUGUGUCUGCAUGCGCGUCUGCAAAACCUGGAACAGAUGGUGCUGUGAUAAGAGGCUGUGGACGCGGAUCGAUCUGAACCGCUGUAAGUCCAUCACUCCCCUCAUGCUGAGUGGCAUCAUCCGCAGACAGCCUGUGGCUCUGGACCUCAGCUGGACCAACAUCUCCAAGAAGCAGCUCAGCUGGCUCAUCAACAGGCUGCCAGGUCUGCGGAUGCUGCUGCUCUCAGGCUGCUCCUGGGUGGCUGUGUCUGCCCUCUGCACCGCCAGCUGCCCGUUGCUGAGGACCCUAGAUGUCCAGUGGGUAGAGGGGCUCAAAGACGCCCAGAUGAGGGACCUACUCUCACCCCCCACAGACAACAGGCCAGGUCAGCUGGACAACAGGAGUAAGUUGCGGAAUGUGGUGGACCUGCGUCUGGCCGGGCUGGACAUCACAGACACCUCCCUGCGCCUCCUCAUCCGCUACACGCCCCAGCUGACCAGGCUGGACUUGAGCUACUGCAACCACGUCACUGACCAGUCGGUCAACAUCCUGACCACGGCUGGGACCACCACCAGAGACUCGCUCACUGACAUCAACCUCUCUGUGUGCAACAGAGUCACGGACCAGUCGCUGGCCUACUUCAAGCGCUGUGGAAGCAUCUGUCACAUUGACUUGCGCUACUGCAAGCAGGUGACCAAGGAGGGCUGUGAGCAGUUCGUUGCUGAGAUGUCAGUGAGUGUACAGUUCGGACUUGUAGAGGAGAAACUACUGCAGAAACUCUGCUAGCGGUUGAGAGAGAGACUGCGCUGUAUGCACUCGCUUAGUUAGGACACUCUUCAGAAUAAGGAACCGUCAAGGGUGGCGUCAUCGCCAUGGAGAAAGUGUUGCAUUUGACAGAGGACAUUUUUACAAGUGACUGUGGCUCUGAUACUCAUUGAAUGCCUCUUGUGCUGCUGAAACAAUCAUGUUUUCCAAAACAGGAUUUUCAACAUGUAAAAAGCCACCUGGCAUUACUGGACAUUUGACAAAGCAUGUUUUUCCCCCCACCCCUGUUUUGUCUAUGCCAAGAUAUUUAAGUUAUUUUUUUAUUUCUGCAAAUGAACAGGCAGUGUAUGUUCACAAUGGUGAAGUUUGACUUCUUUUGUUUAGUAUGUACUGUUGUUGCAGUGCACAGUUUAUGCAUUACACAUCAAUAUUUUUGUAUCAGAAAGUGUUUCAUACUUUUAUGUGCAGGGUUGAAUGCACUGAUUUACAGUACCAUUUUUGAUGGACAGUAUUCAAUCUGUCUCUUGUUUUUUAUUCUUUAGACUGUAGACUUAUGCCAAGAGCAGUAGCUUGUUUUCUGUACGGCUGUUUUAUAUGUCAUUUAUUUAAGUGCUGAGGUUCAUUUUUAUGCGUGUAACUGUCUGUACAGUACACAGAUACGUUGUCCUUUUCAUGUUUUACUCAACUUAAAUUUCGAAAUAUCUAGAAAAAAAAUCUAUUUGUACUGUUUGACAAAUAAAUAUUACUGUCCUUUC